AUGGACCGUGCAGGAAAGAUCGUGUUUUACGAAGACAGAAACUUCCAAGGCCGAUAUUAUGAAUGCAACAGCGACUGUCCUGAGCUCAACACCCACUUCAGCCGCUGCAACUCUGCCCGCGUGGAGAGCGGCGCCUGGGUCCUGUAUGAGAGGCCCAACUACCUGGGCUACCAGUACGUCCUGACCCGGGGCGAGUACUCUGACUACAAGCGCUGGAUGGGCUACAACGACAGCGUCAGGUCGUGCAGGAUCAUAAGAAAUUCCUCUGGUGUGUUCAGGAUCCGUGUCUACGAGCGUCCGGACUUCAGCGGUCAGAUGCUGGAGGCCACAGAGGACAGGAGCAACCUGCCCGACCACUGGCCCCUGCGGGAGGUUCACUCCGCCCACGUGGAGGACGGCGCCUGGGUCUUCUACGAGCUGCCCAACUACCGCGGACGUCAGUACCUGCUGGAGAGAGGACAGUACCGGCGCUUCAACGAGUGGGCCGCCAUGAGCCCCAACGUGGGCUCCUUCCGCUGCAUCCACGACUUUUAG